GCCCAAGGAACAGGCGGCGAUGCAGGCGGCGAUGCGGGCGCCGACCCGGGCUGGGGGGCGCCCGAGCUGCCGCGGCUGCGCCCGGGCUCCAGGCAGGACCGCGUAGCUCGCGGGAGGACCAUGGCGUCCCCGGCGCUGGCGGCGGCGCUGACGGCGGCGGCGGCGGCGGCGGGCCCCAACGCGAGCGGCGCCGGAGAGGCCAACGCCUCGGGGGCUGCCUGGGGGCCGCCCCCCGGCCAGUACUCGGCGGGUGCCGUGGCAGGGCUGGCGGCCGUGGUGGGCUUCCUCAUCGUCUUCACCGUGGUGGGCAACGUGCUAGUGGUGAUCGCCGUGCUGACCAGCCGGGCGCUGCGUGCGCCGCAGAACCUCUUCUUGGUGUCACUGGCCUCGGCUGACAUCCUGGUGGCCACGCUGGUUAUGCCCUUCUCGCUGGCCAAUGAGCUCAUGGCCUACUGGUACUUUGGGCAGGUGUGGUGCGGCGUGUACCUUGCGCUAGACGUGCUCUUCUGCACCUCGUCCAUCGUGCACCUGUGCGCCAUCAGCCUGGACCGAUACUGGUCCGUGACGCAGGCCGUUGAGUACAACCUGAAGCGCACGCCGCGCCGCGUCAAGGCCACCAUCGUGGCCGUGUGGCUCAUCUCAGCCGUUAUCUCCUUCCCGCCGCUCGUCUCGCUCUACCGCCAGCCCGAUGGCGCCGCCUACCCGCAGUGCGGCCUCAACGACGAGACCUGGUACAUCCUGUCCUCCUGCAUGGUCUCCUUCUUCGCGCCGUGCCUCAUCAUGGGCCUGGUCUACGCGCGCAUCUACCGCGUGGCCAAGCUGCGCACGCGCACACUCAGCGAGAAGCGCACGCCUGGGGGCCCCGACGGCGCGUCCCCGACGACGGAGAACGGGCUGGGCGCGGCGGCGAGCGCGGGCGAGAACGGGCACUGCGCGCCCCCGCGCCCCCCGCGCGCCGACGUGGAGCCCGAGGACAGCAGCGCGGCGGCCGAGAGGCGGCGGCGCAGGGGCGCACUGCGGCGGGGCGGGCGGCGGCGCGCGGGCGGCGAGGGGGACGCGGGCGGCGCCGAGGAGCUGGGGCCGGGAGCGGCUGAGCCCGGCGCGCUGACCGCCGCCAGGUCCCCGGGCCCCAGCGGGCGCCUGUCGCGCGCUAGCUCGCGCUCCGUCGAGUUCUUCCUGUCGCGCCGGCGCCGGGCGCGCAGCAGCGUGUGCCGCCGCAAGGUGGCCCAGGCGCGCGAGAAGCGCUUCACCUUCGUGCUGGCGGUGGUCAUGGGCGUGUUCGUGCUCUGCUGGUUCCCCUUCUUCUUCACCUACAGCCUGUACGGCAUCUGCCGCGAGGCCUGCCAGGUGCCCGGCCCGCUCUUCAAGUUCUUUUUCUGGAUCGGCUACUGCAACAGCUCGCUCAACCCGGUCAUCUACACCGUAUUCAACCAGGACUUCCGGCGCUCCUUCAAGCACAUCCUCUUCCGACGGAGGAGAAGGGGCUUCAGGCAGUGACCCGCGCGCCCCCCCUCGCGCGGAGACCUGGACAGCUCCGGGCGGAGGGGCGGGCUGGCGUGGCCCCCCCAGGAGAAAGUGAGAGGGCAGCUAGGGGUGCAAGGACCUAGGGAUGGAUUGGCCUCCAGGGCGCAGGGGAGGGUGGACAGCAGGCCAGGAGCGUGGGCUUAGAGACCGCAGUGCCUCCGGGGAGGGGGCAGGAGAGAGGGGAGAUCCCUCUGCCUUCCCAUCUCAGCAAGGGCCUGCUUCUGGGGCUCCAGACCUGCAUCCAGCUCCGGGGGCCCUGUCAGGGUGUGGCUGUGAGGUGGAGGUCGUAGACAGCAGUGGCGUAUGCAACCCCCAAGUGAGGGAGCAAGGAGCCCCCCCGAAACACGCACCACCGCCCCGGACCGCAUCUGAGCAAGGGCUGACUUCCCCGGGACCAGCGGGGGUGGCUGUCUGGGGGGAAGGAAAGAGCGCUGACAAUCUUUGGUUACUGCAAGUAUUAAAUGUUUGCCAAAAAUGACAGCCAAACAACCAAACUAUUUUCUAAAUAAACCUUUGUAAUCUAAGUGUUGGGUGCAGCAGACAGUCCUUCAGCGGCUGGGCAGGGGGCGCCUUCCAGACGCUCACCCUGCCUGACCUCCUGCCAGGGGUGGAAGGAGGGCACUCUAGUGCACCAGACUCCAGCCAACCCCUCCCCCCCUUGCAUGAGAAGGAGGGGGUCUUUUUUUAAAGCAAAAUGUUUUACAUAAUACAAAAUAUAUACUCAAAAUUCUUGUGCUGUAACCGGCUAGGAGGCAAAAGAAAUCAAGAGCCCUCAAAUUUACAUCCUGGAGAACUGUCCUCCCUUCUUCCCCAUCCCGCCCCCUCCCCAUCCUUACCCGCCUGGCAGGAAGCCCCCUCCUCAGCUGGGGAAGGCGGGGCUCUCACUGCCCAGGCGGCAGUUCUGUCCUCCAGUCCUUUGGGCCAGCCGGUGCCUCUCAGCCUGGGGUGGGCUUGCCACUGUGGAGGAGAUAGAGCAGCUGAGACCCGCCCCACCCACAGGUUGGGUGGAGACAAGGUCAAAAGCACGCCCCCAGACCCUUAUUCCAGACCAGAGGCCUUUACCAGUUUCUUACUGUUUUUGAGUAUGAGGCUCAAAAGCAGUGGCUGGGGAGGGGGCUGGAGCCUGCCCCCUGGUCCCCAACUCCCACCUGCCCAGGGCGGCCCAGCCUUGCCCCAGCUCAGCUCUCUCCCGUGUCCAUGCUCACCCCACACUCAGGCUUCCAGCCCGCACCAUGGCGCCCAGGAGCUCUGCAGAGCUGGGGCGGCUGGGUGGGAGCAGGACCCAAGUACUGCAAGGAGGGCAGAGGUCCCCCCCUAAUCACACAGGCACACGCACAGACAUGCACGUGCAUGAGCUUGGCGGGCUGGAGGGGCUCGUGCUGGGGGUCCCUGCUGUGACCAUCCAGUCCUCCUGUCCUUCCCUCCGGGGGCCCCUCGGCCUUUCCAUAUGUACGUCCCCCACCCUGGCCCCUGCCUGGCAGCCCGGCUCUCUCCUGGGUCGCUGCCCAUCUGUCCUUGUCUGUUCCGGGGAGGGGUCAGCCCUGGUCCUGCCUUUCGUCCCCAAGUCCCUAUCCUCCAAAUCAUGAGGCAGACAGGCCCCUCCCCUGGUCUGACUUUCCAGGGCUGACUCUUGGGAAAGAACCCCCCCACGGCAGCUGCCCAGCCUCAUCACCGUGAGUUAUGGGUCCUCAGGACACUCCAACCCAGAAGAGCUCUCCUGGAGGGUCCACACUGAGUCACCUGUAGGCUCUCCCAGCUGCUGUGUUCAGGCUCAGUGGUCGGUGGGGAAGUCAAGACCCAGGGAUGGUGGGGAGAGAGGGGUGGAAACGGCUGGCCAAGCCCGGUUGGAACAUCUCUGACCUCCCACCACCAGGCAGGGGCCAGGACAGGGUGUCCGUGUUGUAGGCCCUGCUCUGUUGCAGGAUUGCUGAGCCAGCUCAGACAAACGCCUGCCCUCUCUGGACUUCAGUACUCCUCUUGUGAAGUGGGGGGAUUGCUGGACGCUCAGGCCCUGCCAGGCCUGACAAUCUGUAUUCCAAUCUGCCAGCCAAGUCUGGGGCCCAGGAGGGUGACCUUCUCUUGGAGGUGGCAUGGCCGACACUGGUCCUGCCUCUGAGCUGCAGGGCCUCCUCGUGCAGUGGGGUCCCCCCACCCCCCGCCAGGGCUCCUGGGGGAUGAGCUCUGAGUGUGUCACAGCAGCACGUAGCCUGGCCCACGGCCCAGGGAAGAAUGUCAGCACGCACACCCUCCUCCGUCCCUCCCUAGUCCCGAGAACUGCACCUUCCAGCGUGGUCAGCGGGGCUGCAGGCGCCGGUGCCUAAUACCCCAUUCAGCCGGCAGAUGUUCCCCGCUUGAUCGUAAUUGCUGCCUGGAGAGCCAUUCUUCUCAGCUGGAUAAACAGAGACAGACCCUCUCUUCUCACCCAGCCCUGUGCAGGGAGCUGGCCCGAGCCUUACUCCCAAUCUCACUGCCUGCAUGGGUGAGGUGGGGAUGCUGACACCCCCUGAGGUGUCCAUGAGCAUCAACUGCUCCCAGCGCGGUCUGGAGCUGUCCUUCGGGGGGAUUUCUCUGGUGUACAGAGGAGGGGCUCAGACCUCUGUCCACCUGUCCACUGCUUGUCCAGCAGGUCCGUCCUCCGCAGCCUGCUCAUUCACCCAGUGGCUCUCCUCUCUUAUGGGCAUUUCACCUCUACUCCACAGUCAGUGCCAGGCGCAUUGCCACGCCCAGUCUGUGGCUGAGGAAACUGAGGCCCAGAGUUGACCGUCCAAUCCAGGAUCCACAAGUAUUGAAGGCAGAGCCGCCUGUGAACCCAGAAACACCCGGCUUUGGGAAGCGUGUGUCCCCAGCACCCCAGCUCUGGCCCUGUGAACAUGGGCGUUCUCCAGGCCUCGCCGCUGGAGCAGCAUUCUGCACCGCUGCCUUCCUGCCCGAGGCUUCCCCUUGGGCUCUGGGGAGAUUUCAGGCAAAAUUUAAAAAUCCAUGACAAAAUCAAGGUGCUGGUCCCGCGUGGGGGUUGGCUUGAAUGCUACAUGGCCCAGCCCACCGCCAAGGCCGCUCUUACCAGAUGUACCAGACAGACAUUUGUUUAAAUUAACUCCUGCAUUUUAAUUCAAUUGCUGAGUUUGUAGAAAAGGGGAAAAACAAUAAUCCAAAUAUUCUGUUACAGCUCAGUGUGGAAUCAAAAAAAAUUACUUGGAGCAGCAGCCUCGCUAAUUCUGGAGAGAGGCAGCUCCAGUCUCCGCGUGCUGCCCCCAGUUCUGGGGGUGGGGCUGAGCGGGGGAGAAAACAGGGUUCCUCCUCGCUUGCUGGCGAGGAAGUCGCCCCCGCCCCGGUCGUGCUGGCAGCCGGCUGUAUUUCUGUAUCACAUCCGUCGGCAGGGCUCGAAUAUUCCCAGGAAGCCUUGGAUCAAGACGCAUGGACCCGUCUCGAGUCUGGCGGAGCCACUGUGGCCCUUUGCGGAGCUGAAGCCCGGCCUCCGGUCACCGUCAGCCCCCCGCAGACUCCACGUGCAAGGGGGAGGCAGCAGGCAGCCAGGCUGGAGGUGCCUUGCACCCUGCAGAGCCCCCUCGGCUCCAUGGCCCCAGGUGGAGCACCAUGGGCACCUGGCCGCACGUCAGCCCGGGAUCUCCCUGGGCAGGGAUGGGUGGCCUCACCUGCUCACCACGGGGCAUUACGUGGAUGUGGGUGGGGGUGCACAGCGACGGGAGGGUGGGGGUUCUGUAGUAGCAGAAGCCCAGAUCAUUGGAGCCGAGGAGCUAGGGGAGAAGGGCGGACCCAGGCGAGGGUCUCCCGCCCUGAGGACCCCGUGUUCCUGCUCUGAGUCUGUCAUGAGCAGCCAGGGGACCUCAGGUCACCACCCCCCGCCUCUGCUACUCACCCAUUCCUGAGGGUCAGCCUCCCAGUUGACCAGCCGGGCUGUUGAGAGAACCAAA